AUGGUCCAGGAGGACCUAGUUCCUAYUGAAGUCAGUAGCAGACAUGACAUUGACCACUUGAUGGUGGUUUUGAGCAGUGCAGAAUGGAAGAAGUGUGGGGUCGUGGAGGCUCCCACCAAGGCUUCAAAGGAAGACCUGUGUGGCAGGACUAGGACUGAUGAUUUGAGAAAUAUGCUGUUACAAGUACUAGUGUCAUUUGAGGAUGUGGCUGUGGACUUUACCUGGGAGGAGUGGCAGGACCUGGAUGAUACUCGGAGGACUCUGCACAGGGACCCGAUGUUGGAGACCUACAGUUCCCUGAUGUCACUGGGACAUUGCAUCACCAAACCUGAAGUGAACUUGGAGCAAGGAGCAGAGCCGUGGAUGGGAGAACUCCCAAAUGAGAGCAUCAAUGUGAAGAAAAUGGAUGAUUUAAUUGAGACUAACCAGGGAAGACAAGAUAGCCAUUUCUGGCAAGAUGUAAUGAACACCAACAACAUGUUAACAGAGGAAAGAGAUGGAUUAGGAAACACUUUUUCUUUGAUCCCAAAUUGUAUUUCAGAUUUGAUUAUAAAUAAUGGAAAGCCUGAAGAGUUUAAUAUAUGUCAGAACUCUCAUCUCUCUAUUGAGCCUGAGGAGAUGCAUCCUGGAGAGAAAUCUGGUGAUGACUAUAACAUAACUGGGAAAUUCCUCAGAUGUCCUGAACAUUUUGAUCAGCAUCCCAAGAUUCACCCUUGGAAGCAGAAUUUUGAAUAUAGUGGAGAAAAUUUUGAAUAUAGUGGAGAAGGGAAAGUUUUCAACAAAGAGGCAGCCGUACUGAAAAAGAGUGUUCAGAUUGGAGAGACUUCUGGUAACCAUAAUGAAUAUGGGAACAACCUUUAUGAGUCGGCUCUUAUUGACGAGAAAGGAAGGAAGAUUUUUUAUCAAGAGUGUACUCUCAAACAAAAUCAGCAAAUACAAACAGAGAUGACAUCCUGUGACUGUCUUGAAUGUGAGAAAAACUUCAUUAGCGAAUUAGAUUUUCCAGUACAUCCGGGGACACAUACAGGGCAAAGACCCUACUCAUGUGACCAGUGUGAGAAAUCCUUCAGCUAUAGGUCAGACCUUACAGUCCAUUGGAAAACUCACGCAGGUGAGAAUCCUGACAAAUGUACUGAAUAUGUUCAAUCAUUUUACCAAAAAUCCUACCUCAGAGACCCUCAGAGAAUUGACACAGGGGAGAAACUUUAUGAAUUUACUCAGUAUGGAACAACUUACAGCCGGGAGUCAAACCUCACACUCAAUGAGGCUGUCGACACUAUGGUGAAACUCUAUGAAUGUAAUCAAUGUGGAAGAACUUUUCGCCAGAAAUCACACCUCACUCGACAUGAGAAAAUCCACACUGGGGAGAAACCCCAUGAAUGUAAUCAAUGUGGAAAAACCUUUGGCCAGAAGUCCAACCUCAGGAAUCAUCAGAGAAUUCACACAGGGGAGAGACCCUAUGAAUGUAAGCAGUGUAGAAAAGCCUUUUGCUGGAAGUCACAAUUGACAUAUCAUGAGGCUGUCCACACUGGGGAGAAACACUAUCAGUGUAAGCAGUGUGGGAAAACCUUUUAUCAGAAGUCAGGUCUCAGGAAACAUCGAAGAAUUCACACUGGGGAACCACCCUAUGAAUGUAAUGAAUGUGGAAAAACCUUUGGCCAGAAGUUCAAUCUCUGGAAGCAUCAAAGACUUCAUAUAGGGGAGAGGCCCUACAAAUGUAAUCAGUGUGGAAAAACCUUUUGUUGGAAAUCACAACUGAGUCAACAUGAGGUUGUCCACACUGGAGAGAAACACUAUGAGUGUAAGCAGUGUGGAAAAACCUUUUCCCGAAAGUCCAGUCUCAGAAAACAUCAGAAAACUCACACAAGUGAGAAAUCCUAUGAAUGUAAUGAAUGUGAGAAAACUUACCAGAAGUCCUACCUCAGGAAACAUCAAAGAAUUCACACAGGGGAGAAACCUUAUGAAUGUAAUCAAUGUGGAAAUCCCUUUUCCCAGAAGUCAGACCUCAGGAAGCAUCAAAGAAUUCACACGGGGGAAGAACCCUAUGAAUGUAAUGAAUGUGGAAAAGCCUUUGCCCAGAAGUCAGACCUCAGGAUACAUUAG